GGAGGAAGUGAAGUAGUGCCACACUCAAGGCCAUUUAUGGCCCUAAUCAAAGGACGAUAUGCAAAAACUAUUUGUGGAGGAGCUCUGAUCAAAGAAGAUUGGGUGCUAACAGCUGCCCACUGUGAUGUACAUUAGAGGAGCAAGGUUAUUCUUGGAGCUCAUUCACUAAAAGGAAAAAGAAAAGAAAAACAAAGACAGGUUUUUCAGAUCGCAAAACAAAUUCCUUACCCAUGCUACUAUCCCAGUUCUAAAGAAAACGACAUUAUGCUGCUGCAGCUUCAGAAAAGAGCAAAACUUGGUAAAGCUGUACAACUCAUUCCCCUGCCUACUUCAGAUGACGAUCCUAAACCAGGAACAAUUUGCACAGUAGCAGGAUGGGGGAAAACUCAAAAUGGUCGGAAUGUGCCUUCUGAUAACCUGAGGGAGGUCAACGUCACUGUCAUCAGUAGAAAAAUCUGCAAUGACAGAAGUCAUUAUAAUAACAAACCUGUUAUAACAUCCAACAUGAUCUGUGCAGGGAGUAAGAAUGGAGGAAAGGAUUCAUGUUCUGGGGACUCUGGUGGACCUUUAAGGUGCAACAAUGUGAUGAAAGGAAUCACUUCUUUUGGAAAGCCAAAUAAAUGUGGUGCUGUUGAUGGCCCUGGUGUCUAUACUCGACUCACAAAGCAGUACCUUCUGUGGAUAAGGAAAACCAUAGGCGGAGCCUAA